ACGUGAUUGGAGCCUUUAAAAGGUUAAUUUCUUAGGAAACGUAUCCAACGCAUGCACCGUGUUAUUAUCAGAAUGGCAAUGAAAAUGCUCCUGGCCGUCCGACUCCUUCUCCUUACAUUACAGCCAGGUGUGCUUUCUCUAAAAUCCAGAGAAAUCAGUGUAAAGGCAGGAGAGAUGGUGGCUCUGCAGUGUCCUUAUUACAGGAAGUGGAAACAAGGUGGCUCCACAGUGACCUGGACGAGUCGCACAGCGCAGAGAGAGUAUGUGAUCAACAACGUGUCGCGGCCUGAGCUGAGGCAGAUGGGUGUGCUGCUUAACAGAAGGAGCCUCGUGAUUCUCAGUGCUUCUGCAAAUCAUCAGGCGACUUACUCAUGCUCUUUGGGGAAGCCCCACAGGCUGUUCUGGUUCACUGUGUCGGUGAACCCGGCACAGUCCAGGAACAUGUUCUCCCAGACCUGUCACGCACAAGAGUCCUGCAAACUCAGUUGCCCUGAUGUCAACGUCCCCGCUGUGAAAACCCCAGGCAUGAGCAACAAGGGCAUCACAUGGCACAAGGAGGGCGAGUUGUUACAGAACCAUGGUUACUUACCGAGCGUUGAAGAGAAGGACCAUGGUGUCUACACAUGUACCAGAUCUUAUCUCCAUCGUGGCCGGAUAUAUAAUAUGACCUUCACAGUGGCACUGGAUGUCCACCCAAAGAAACGGGAGAAAGCUGCAGCGAUCAUUUCACCGCACAAUCAUGACGUCGUCUUUGUCGAGCUAGGAUCACCAGCGGAGAUUCAUUGUAAAGCUGUGAUGUACUCGGACUUCGAUGACAUUUUCUGGCUGAGCGGGAAAUCAGUUGUGCAAAGAAACCCCGAGUUGCCAUUUUCCUCCAACUCCAAAUGGGAAAGUAAAGGUGAAGAAGUGAACAUGACUGCGUCGCUCUUCUUCAAAAAAGUGUCUGACGACGACCUGAAAAGAAAUUACACCUGUAAACUGGAAUCUGUCUCCCAGACUUCAAGCUUUGUCACUGUGACACUCGCCAAAAAGGGUUUGUAAGACAGAGAGUCAGUCCUGCAGUGCCACUGUCUUUUAUAACCAUGUAAACCUUUGUUUUUUAUGUGAUGUAUGAAUUUUGCAGGGCGUGAGGACCAACUAUUUACAAAUGUUCAAAUUUGUGCCCAAUUUUGCAAUUCAUUUACAAUCUGCGAUGUAUAAUAUCACUUUAAAUUGAUUAAAUUCAACAAGUUGUUGCAACCUUCAA